AUGGUUUCCGCAGAAAGCUCGACAGGAAAUGAACUAUCGAACGGCGACGCGGAUUGCGACCCUAAUGGAUAUACUGUCAAGGGUGCAGAGACCGAUGUCGACCGAAUUGCCAUCUCGCCGAAUGCACCCCACGAUGUACCGGCUCUCAUAGAACAGAUCGCAUCCAGUGGCAUGUCCGUUUCUUUAGAGGAUACACAAGCACGCUGGAAACUGCGCGAUGCCGCCCGCUCGUUAGCGGACGCACUCGAAACACCGCGAGAGAGGUUGAUCAGGCAAUGUUGGUCACAACCCACAGAAUUUGCCGCGAUUGAGACAGGUAUAGACUUGGGGAUUUUCAGGUUAUUGGCCGAAAGUACUCAGCCUGUGUCUGCGUCCCAACUUGCGUGCAGCAGUAAUACCGACCCCAUUAUGCUGUGUAAGUCACGAGAUUAUUCGCAUAUGUCGCAUUCUUUUCUCAUCGUUGCCAAUCUCACAGCCCGCAUCUUAAAGCAUCUCGGUGCGACAGGGGUGAUUACCGAGACUGGUCCUGACGAGUACCGCGGAACCAACUUUUCGCAUACAUUGAGCGCGGAGAAGUAUGCCGACGGAUAUCCAGUCAUAGCGAGAUGGUUUUACCCAGCUAUCUUUGCCCUUCCCGAAUUCCUCAAGAAAACCGAUUACCGCAACCCUACAGACCCAGGAAAUUCCGCUUUUCACCUAGGACACAAGACGGAAAAGCACGUCUUCCAAUGCGCACAGGAGGAUGCUCUGUUCGCGAAACAAUUCGGCAACCACAUGGGCGUGUAUCGUCAAGGGAGACCCAGUUGGAUGGACCAGGGCUUCUAUCCUGUGAUGGAACGACUAGUAGAAGGCGCUGGUAUAGAGGAUCAAGACGUCCUCCUGGUUGAUAUGGGCGGAAGCAUCGGCCAUGACCUCUCCGAGUUCAGGAGAAAAUGGCCGGAUGCGCCAGGUCGUUUGGUUCUGCAGGAUCUUCCCCAGGUCAUCCAAGGGGCGAAAGGCUUACACAGUUCUAUUGAGCCAAUGGCCCAUGACUUCUUUAGGGAGCAGCCGAUCAAGGGAGCCCGCGCGUACUAUCUGCAUUCAAUUCUGCAUGAUUGGCCUGACGAGAUGUGCCAGAAAAUCCUGUCAAACCUCGUUCCGGCUCUUCGUCCUGGAUACAGUAAAGUGCUGAUCAACGAGAAUCUGAUUCCCCCAACCGGAGCGCAGCAUGAGACUACCAGUCUGGACUGUAUCAUGAUGGCUAUUGCGUCGACGGAGCGCACCGAGAGCCAAUGGGCCCGACUGAUUGAGUCGGCAGGACUCAAGAUCGUGAAGAUUUGGACGGUCCAUAAGGGGGUGGAGAGUCUGAUUGAGUGUGAAAUGGCGUGA